CUAUAAUUUCCCUCCCUCGCCUCCCCUUCUUGUUUUUUUCCUCCCUUUUUAUUCCGCUCUCCGUUUUCUCCACCCUCUGCAGUCUCUUCCCUCCGCGUUCUCUCGCCCCUCGGAUCUCCGAUUCGAAACCCUAGUCCGAUCUCCCUCAAUCCUCCAACCUCUCCCCCGAUCGCAUCCUCCCUGCCGUUUCCGCCGUCGAAUCGCACCCAGAACUAGGGUUUUGAGGGCGGGUUUCGCCCCCCGAGCCGAUCUCCUCGCCUUGCUCCCGGACCGGUGCUUUCUUGCUAGAUUCCCGUUGGUUUGAUCUGGUCCGAGUUGAUGUCCGGCGGCCAGGCUGCUGGGAACCGAUCGGCGCAGCAGCUGGGACAGAUCUUCCAGCCGCCGAAGCAGUACUUGCAGUUCCCCUCGUCGAGGCCGCCGUUCGUCUCUCCGGAUGAGUACCACAGGUUCGACGGGCGUCGGGGCGGCAGAGAUGAGAUGGCCGACGCCCUCGUUAUUAAGACACCAUUGAAGCAAAAGUCUGUACAAGAAGAUAAUGAGGUGGUAGAGAUUAGCGAAUGGACAACCAGCCCUGGGUGUGCUGUAGGAUUUACUAGUCCACUACUCACACCGGUAUCAGAGAAAGGAAGAAAGACAUACAGUAAGUCAAAGGUUGCAAAGCACAAUAAGUCUGGGGGUCAAACCCCUGUCUCCAAUGCUGGCUCACCUACAGGAGAUAAUCUUACUCCAGUUGGUUCUUGUCGCUAUGAUAGCUCCCUAGGGCUUUUGACUAAAAAAUUCAUCAACUUGCUUAAACACACACAGGAUGGCAUCCUUGACCUGAAUAAAGCUGCAGAAAUAUUGAAGGUGCAAAAGAGGCGGAUAUAUGACAUCACUAAUGUUCUUGAAGGCAUUGGACUCAUAGAGAAGAAACUUAAAAACAGAAUUCGUUGGAAGGGAAUAGAUGACUUGGGUUCAGUUGAGGUUGAUGGUGAUGCUUCAAAAUUGCAGGCAGAAACGGAAAGCCUGACAACGAAAGAGCGCAGAUUAGAUGAGCUUAUCAGCCAAAUGCGAGAAAAUUUGAGGGAGCUUACCGAAGAUGAAAGCAAUCAAAAGUGGCUUUUCAUUACUGAAGAUGAUAUCAAAGGCCUUCCAUGCUUUCAGAAUGAGACCUUAAUAGCAAUUAAAGCACCUCAUGGAACUACCUUGGAAGUUCCAGAUCCUGAUGAGGCUGGGGAAUAUCUCCAGAGGAGAUACAGAAUUGUCCUAAGAAGCACUAUGGGUCCUAUAGAUGUAUACCUUGUUAGUCAAUUUGAGGAGAAGUUUGAGGAGAUGAGUGGUGUUGAGAUUCCUCCAAAGCUCCUUCCCACGUCAAAUUCAGAUUCUGUUGAGUACUCCAUGGUGCCGAUUGUCACAGAAGAGAGCAGAGGGAAUGAAAUGGAACUUGAUAUUCAACAAAGUGAGAGGAUCUGGUCUGAUGUAAAUUCUUCGCAUGAUUUUGGUGGUGGUAUGAUGAAGAUUGUUCCUUCAGACAUUGAUACUGAAGCUGAUUAUUGGCUUCUAUCAGAUGCUGGUGUUAGCAUUACAGAAAUGUGGAAGACAGCACCAGAGAUAGAAUGGGAUGCCAUGGGUAGGUUUGGCACAGAGUCUACAGAUGACUUCAUCACGGAUGGCGCUACCACACCUCGGCCACAGACUCCUCCCUCUGGUGUUGUUGAGGUCCCCUCUGAUGCAACUUCCUCUCGAAGAUGAAUGCAGGAUGGAUGGACUAAAACCCAGAAGCCGAGGAGUGCUUAUUUUGUUCGAAGUACUGAAGAUUGCCUUUUGUUGUGGGGGCACUCAGGCUCAUCGUUCACCUCAUCUUAAAUCUUAAUGGUAAACUGUGUAUCUGGAAAGCAUUGUGGAACAUACAUGACACAAGGAGAAGAGGCUGCUACUAGAGAGUUCCCAAACUGUUGGCUCAUCGGAUGUCUCAAUCCCUAAUGUAGGCAAGCAACCAGGUACAUAAUCCAUAGUUUUUUGAGCCCUUCCUCUCUCUUCUCCCAGCAAUCUUGUACUCGGCCGCUCAGUGAAUUGUGGCUAUAUAUCAUUAAAAUCUUGUUAUUUAAGUAAGGUGACGUUUAUCUCGGCA